AUGUAAAUUGAAGUACCAGUUGUGUAUUAAUUUGAAUGCUUUCGUAAGGGAAAAAAUGGAAACAAGAAAUACAUAGGAUUUGUAAGGCAAGAUAGAUUGGAUUUAUGCAAGUUGAUAUUUUAGGAUAACCAACCAAAUUUCAAAUAUUCUUUGCCGAUUUAGCUAUAAACCCAUAUAAAGUGGGAAGUCGAAGAGGACAAUCAAGAAGGGAAAAAGCAUUACAAAAUAGUCUCAUUCAAAUUUCAAUAAGUUAAAUAAAUAAACGAAAACCAUGUGGCCAAAAUAACUACUUUUUGCGGAGAUGAAAAAACCCUGGCUACUUUGAAAGAACAUUUGAGAAAUAAGAUCAUCUUUUAAAGAAUUCAAGACUUUUACACUCCUCUUCAAACCUUGGGCAAAGGAGCCUCAUCUAGAGUCUUAUUGGUGAGACACAAGAAUACAGAAAAUUAUUAUGCUGCAAAAUGCGUUGACAAAUCUUAUGUUAAUGAAACAGAAAAUGGAAUCGAAUCUAUGUUUUAAGAGAUAGCUAUAAAUAAUGAUCUAGAUCAUCCUUCCUUUAUCAAAUUACAUGCAGUCUACGAAGGAGAUAACACAUUCUAUAUGGUUAUGGAUUUAUUGGAAGGGAAGAGCUUGCAUGAAGAAUUAAAUAACCAUAAGAAUGGAUUCUCAGAAGAUAUAGUAAGGACCAUUAUGUGGUAAAUUCUGACUGGUAUUGAAUAUAUGCAUGAAAAAUAAAUUAUGCAUAGAGAUUUAAAACCUGAAAACAUUAUGCUACUCAGAAAGGACGAUUUGAAUUCUCUUAAAAUUGUUGAUUUUGGCUUAGCCACAUACUGUAAUGUAAAUAAAUAUUUGUUUCCUAAAUGUGGAACGCCUGGAUAUGUUGCUCCAGAGAUAGCCAAUCUUACUGACAAAACUUUUAAAUACGAUAAGGUUUGUGAUAUUUUUAGUGCUGGUGUGAUAUUUUUUAAAUUAUUAACAGGAUAAGAUCUUUUUCCAGGAGUAGGAUUCAAUUUAGUUUUGAAAUUAAAUAAGCAGUGUAAAAUUGAUUUAACUCCUUUACAAAUCAAAAAAAUUGAUCCUUUCAUUACUAACCUAAUUCAGAAAAUGUUAGAAAAGGAACCAACUCAAAGAAUAACAGCUACUCAAUGUUUAUAAGAUCCAUUCUUUCUUCCUUGCUAUCAAGAAACCGGUAUUCAAGGACCUGCUAAGUUAACAGCCUUUCAGAAAAAGCAAAUGUUUUCUACAUGCGGAAAAGCCUUCACUACUGAAUUUUAAAAUGAAAAUCUAAAAGGAAGUCCUUAAGAUAGAAUUGAAAAUAAAGGAUCCUUUAUUACAUAAGAGACCACCUAUAAGCCAAUUUAAUAACACCAAUAGAAAAUUAUAUAGAAAUUUAAUACUACAGAAUUUGAUCAUAUUGAUCCUACUUAAAGUCCCUCUAUGGAUCAAGUUAAGAAAAAAUUUUAAUAAGGUGAACCUAUUAUAGAAGAAGAUGAAAAAUGA